AUUGCUUGCACUUGACUCUCGAAACUAUGUGUAGCCAUGGCUCCCCGCUCGUUGGUACCAAGGAUGGCUUGGGUUCGUGGUUGAUUGACUUAAAAGGCCAAAUGAUUUGGGACACAUAGACCCUUUUUCUUGCACUCUUCAUGCUUUUUGUGUGGCCUUCAGGUCAUGCAAACUGCUUGUUGAGGGCACUUUUUUUUUCUUUUUCUUUCACUCCCUUGAUUGCUCCUGGUCUUUCCCUUGGCUCUUCCUUUGGCUCUGGCUCUUCCGUUGGUCCUGGUCUUGUUCCCGUUGGUCCUGGUCUUGUUCCCGUUGGUCCUGGUUUUGCCUCCGUUGGUCCUGGUCUAACCCUGAUCGACACUCGGCAAUCGACUCCAUGCAUCCGAGCUUCAGCAAUUGACAACAGCAUCCGACUUUUCAGCAAACGCCGUUUAUUUGGGUAUUUUGAGAGUCAACUCUUUUUCCUUCUCCUUCCCUCUCCCUUCCCUCUUCCCUCUUCCCUCUCCCUUCCCUCUUCCCUCUUCCCUCUCCCUUCCCUCUUCCCUCUCCCUUCCCUCUUCCCUCUAAGUUUCUCCCCACGCACAAGCAGUAUUCAACCGAUGGCUUGCACUUGACUCUCGAAACUAUGUGUAGCCAUGGCUCCCCGCUCGUUGGUACCAAGGAUGGCUUGGGUUCGUGGUUGAUUGACUUAAAAAGCUAAAUGAUUUGGGACACAUAGACCCUUUUUCUUGCACUCUUCAUGCUUUUUGUGUGGCCUUC